CCCGGCCGCUCCCUCCCUCCUGCUCCAGCGGUUCGAAACGCCGCCAAGAGCCAGCCCCCUAACAUCGCAUCACGCGCUGGAAACCGAGGGAUCAUCCUACGUUCCCGCCUGGCAAUUUUCUAAUCCCUGACAUUACGUGUAUACUUCAACCAAACUCUUACAUUGUGGCCCGUAUUCCCAGAGAGUACAAAUGAAGCAGCUGAAGAAAGCAGACAUUGAGCAGAAGGAAUGGGAGGACGACCUGCAACCGAGCCAGCGUGACAACACCAAAGAGAGCCAGAUCCUGAUGUGGAUUUGGAACUGCCUGGAGAUGGUGAGCAGCCUGGACUACGACCAGUUCCUCAAGGACGGGGUGGCACUCUGCAAGCUGAUGAACCACCUGCGUCCCGGGUCGGUGCCGAUCGAAGAGGUGACCGCCGGCACAGACGCCCGCCAGAAGCGUCGCAACAUCGAGCUCUUCCUCCGUGCCGCCAAGAACUACGGGGUGCCGGACCGGAUGCUCUUCGCACCGGACGAACUGCUGUUCCUCACGCACGUGCCCAAGGUCACCAGAUGCAUCUUCGCCCUGGGAAAGCUGGUCGACGCCGACACCGGCUACGACGGUCCGAAGCUGGGCGAGGAGCCCUACGAACCCGUGAACGCGGCGGCAGGCCGGCGACGGGGAGGCAUGCCCCUGGGAGACGACAUCUACGUGGCGCACGUGAACGUCAGGGACGUCAUCAAGAGACUGCCCAGCCUGAUCGAGGGACAGGACCCCAUCACCGUCGGAUGAACCCAAACGGCACACCUGUUCUUCGUUUUUUUUUUUUUCUUUUAAUAAAAAUGGGGAAGAAACGUUCUACGGA